AUGUUAAUCAGAAAAGAGCAUGCGAGCUGCGAAACUAAUGGAGACCCAAGGAUUGCGGCGGAAAUGCGUGUAAAAGAAAGGAGGCGGGAAGAGUGUGGAAAAGUACCAAAUUGCUUGUUGAACUUCGGUAUCUGUCUGGAUGCUUCUCCCCUGCGGUUUGCUCAUAAUGUAUCUGAUACACAGUUUACAUCAAUUUUUUUGGAUAAUGUAUUGGAUCCAGGAAAUUUUGGAGCAAUCGCCAGAAGUGCGCUUUUCUUUGGCUGUGAGCAGAUUGUUUACGCUGAGGGGCGUGGGUAA